AUGAGCACAGGCAAGCAAGUACUCACAGCUGAAGUCAAGCUGGUCUUGUUGGGAGAAUCUUCAGUCGGCAAGUCUGCACUUGUCACCCGUUUCACGACCGGUCAUUUUCAUAGAAACAAUGCAACCAUUGGAGCCGCGUUUACAACCAAGACUGUUUCAUGGGAAAACGACUCCGUCAAAUGGCAAGUGAAAUUCGAAAUAUGGGAUACAGCGGGUCAAGAGAGAUAUCGAUCGUUAGCUCCAAUGUACUACCGUAAAACUGAUGUGGCGCUCGUGGUGUUCGACGUUACAGAAGGGCUAACGCAUGCCAAGGCCAAUUCAUGGAUCGAAGAGCUCCAGAAUUAUAUGCACGACACGGACGACGCUGAAUCUAUUGUCAUCAAGGUAGUUGGCAACAAAACUGACUUAUUAGAUUCACCUCCAUCUUCUGGCAUAGACUGGAUCCCGGUAAGUGCAAAAUCCGGAUCAGGUGUUAUGGAAUUAUUUGAGUCUGUGGCCAAGCAAAUACCGACGUCAAGGUUCGUUGGUUCUGAUCCCUCCAUUCCAAAAGUCGUAAACUUGGAAUCAUCGCGAUCUGAUGCAACGGGUUGCAGCUGCUAA